GUUUGAUAGACCGGAUUAGCAAUGCAACUAGUUUAAACGCUUGAAAGACACUGGUUGGCAUUUUUUCCAAGAAAUUUAUCUCCGCGACAGAAGAGUGAUCAACAAAAUGGCAGCCUCCAAGGAAACCGUUCUGGGUGCAGCCAAGCAGUUUAUCAGCUACAUCAACAAGAGUCCAUCUCCAUUUCAUGCUGUAGAUGAGGUUUCCAAAAGGUUGCUGGGUGCUGGCUUCCAAGAAUUGCAUGAAACUCAAGCAUGGGACAUCAAACCACAGCAGAAGUAUUUUCUGACCAGGAACAAGUCAACUAUCAUUGCAUUUGCUGUUGGUGGACAGUUUAAGCCAGGGAAUGGGUUCAGUGUAGUUGGAGCUCACACUGAUAGUCCCUGUCUGAAGGUGAAACCUGAAUCUAAAAAAAACAAAGUUGGAUACCAGAUGGUUGGCGUUGAGUGUUAUGGAGGUGGCAUCUGGCACACUUGGUUUGACCGAGAUUUGACUGUCGCUGGGCGUGUACUUGUCAAGAACCAGGACAAAAUUGAUCACCGCCUUGUCCACAUUGAGCGCCCCAUCCUCCGUGUACCCAACAUCUGUAUCCAUCUUAUGAGGGAUCACAAUGAGAAGUUUGGUCCUAACAAGGAAACCCAUGUGUGUCCCGUCCUAGCCACAGCAGUACAGGCAGAACUCCAGGGGGAUACUGGAAUACCGGACUCUAACGUUCCAGGGUUCACACCUCAGUGCCUUAAACAUCAGCCAUUACUGGUGAAGUUGAUCUGUGAUGAACUCGGGAUCAAGCCUGAACAAAUGCUGGACUUUGAACUCUGCGUGGCUGACACACAACCUGCAGCAAUUGGUGGAAUCCUAGAAGAGUUUAUUUUCGCGCCUCGACUUGACAAUCUUCUGAAUGCUUACUGUGCCACUGAGGCUUUAAUCGAGUCUUGCAAGGGGACCAGCCUGAGUGAGGACCCAAACAUCCGCCUCAUCUGUCUGUUUGAUAAUGAAGAGGUUGGGUCUCAGAGUGCCCAGGGUGCAGCCUCCACCCUCCAAGAGCUUGUCCUCCGCCGCCUGAGUGCUGGAGGGAGCAGCACAGCAUUUGAAGAAUCAAUGCCCAAGUCCUACAUGCUGAGUGUAGACCAAGCCCACGCAGUUCAUCCUAACUAUGCUGAAAAGCAUGAGAGUAACCAUCAGCCUGGACUACACAAGGGGUAUGUGGUAAAGUUCAAUGCUAACCAGCGCUAUGCAACCACAGCCAUCACCACCGCUAUUCUAAGGGAGGUGGCCAAGGGCGCUGGAGUACCAUUACAGGAUUUUGUAGUGAAGAAUGACUCGCCAUGCGGUUCAACCAUUGGUCCUAUCAUGUCUGCCAAACUAGGGAUGCCAACCAUUGAUAUUGGGGCUCCUCAGCUUAGCAUGCAUUCUAUCCGUGAGAUGUGUUGUACCUCUAGUAUCUACCAGGGUGUCCAGCUGUUCCAGGGAUUUUUUGAGAACUAUCCUCGAGUGUUUGCCUCGAUGAACAUGUGAGCCCGUCUUUGAUGACAGUGUCCAUCAUUCAGGCAGCAAAUAUAUACAAGAUCAAAGGAGAUAACUCCAGUGAAAUGGUGAUAACUUUGACCUGUGAUACAGCUAUCUAAAGUAUGAUAUAUACUGAACAUUCUCUAUAAUUUAUCUUCUAUUUAUAUUGUACACAUUAUCCCAAUUGAUAUCUGCUGUAAUAAUACCUGCCUUUAUACUGUAGUAAUACCUGUAUUAGGUAGAACUGACAUAUUGUCUCUUGUUGUGCUGUAUUUUUGACAGAUUUUUAUAUGAAUGUGUGUGAAAUUCAUCUAUUUUGUUUGCUUAUAAUGAGAUAAAAUGUAUGAGAUUUUGUUUGCAUUAAGUAUUAUCAUGUAAAACUGGAUGAUGUUUUAUAAACAGACACCAUGUAAAAUAGGAAUAUUAAUUACCAGUACCUAUCAGUUUAUUCAGAAUGCAAUUGAUGUUGAACUUUAUUUGUGGGGUUAUUCAUUUAAUUAGCUUUAGAUCUUCUCAAGAUCUCUCAAUCACUCCACAUUUUCAUGUUUUGUAAUCAAACUGUGAUCAGUCAUGGUAAUCUUUAUUGGGUAGAUUUUCUAGCCAGAAUUCAACCCUUAAAUUGAUUCCAGUGUUCAAUGUAUCUGAAGGUUUAUAAGAUCCAAUAGUACAUGUAAUGUACCUGAAGGUUUAUAAGAUCCAAUAGUACAUGUAAUGUACCUGAAGGUUUAUAAGAUCCAGUAGUACAUGUAAUGUACCUGAAGGUUUAUAAGAUCCAAUAGUACAUGUUAUGUACCUGAAGGUUUAUAAGAUCCAAUAGUACCUGUAAUGUACCUGAAGGUUUAUAAGAUCCAAUAGUAAUGUACCUGAAGGUUUAUAAGAUCCAGUAGUACAUGUAAUGUACCUGAAGGUUUAUAAGAUCCAAUAGUACAUGUAAUGUACCUGAAAGUUUAUAAGAUCCAAUAGUACAUGUAAUGUACCUGAAGGUUUAUAAGAUCCAAUAGUACAUGUAAUGUACCUGAAGGUUUAUAAGAUCCAGUAGUACAUGUAAUGUACCUGAAGGUUUAUAAGAUCCAAUAGUAAUGUACCUGAAGGUUUAUAAGAUCCAGUAGUACAUGUAAUGUACCUGAAGGUUUAUAAGAUCCAAUAGUACAUGUAAUGUACCUGAAGGUUUAUAAGAUCCAAUAGUACAUGUAAUGUACCUGAAGGUUUAUAAGAUCCAAUAGUACAUGUAAUGUACCUGAAGGUUUAUAAGAUCCAGUAGUACAUGUAAUGUACCUGAAGGUUUAUAAGAUCCAAUAGUACAUGUAAUGUACCUGAAGGUUUAUAAGAUCCAGUAGUACAUGUAAUGUACCUGAAGGUUUAUAAGAUCCAAUAGUAAUGUACCUGAAGGUUUAUAAGAUCCAAUAGUACCUGUAAUGUACCUGAAGGUUUAUAAGAUCCAAUAGUAAUGUACCUGAAGGUUUAUAAGAUCCAAUAGUACAUGUAAUGUACCUGAAGGUUUAUAAGAUCCAGUAGUACAUGUAAUGUACCUGAAGGUUUAUAAGAUCCAAUAGUACAUGUAAUGUACCUGAAGGUUUAUAAGAUCCAGUAGUACAUGUAAUGUACCUGAAGGUUUAUAAGAUCCAAUAGUACAUGUAAUGUACCUGAAGGUUUAUAAGAUCCAAUAGUACCUGUAAUGUACCUGAAGGUUUAUAAGAUCCAAUAGUACAUGUAAUGUACCUGAAGGUUUAUAAGAUCCAAUAGUACCUGUAAUGUACCUGAAGGUUUAUAAGAUCCAAUAGUAAUGUACCUGAAGGUUUAUAAGAUCCAAUAGUACAUGUACCUGAAGGUUUAUAAGAUCCAAUAGUACAUGUAAUGUACCUGAAGGUUUAUAAGAUCCAAUAGUAAUGUACCUGAAGGUUUAUAAGAUCCAAUAGUACCUGUAAUGUACCUGAAGAGUUUAAGGAUAGCAGCAAACAAAGACAUAAUCCCAAUCACUUUUUUUUUUUUUUAUUUUGUAUGAAACAUGAAAGGUAACUUUUGUAUGUAAUGUAAAAUUAAAAGUCAUAAAUCAUUGAUCAUAUACAUGAUGUUGUGAAUUUGUUUUUUCGUUGUGCCACACUUUACAUAAACAUCAAUUUAUUGGAGGACA